GGCAGCAAGUAAAUAAUUGAAAGAAGCGCAAAAAAAAAAAUGGAAGCAGAUCAUGAAGAUGAGGUUCCAUUGCUGGUAAAAAGGGGGAAGAGUGGUGAAUUAUUAUUAGGAGGAGUAAGAGAAGGUAGGUUUGUGGGAGAAAUGAAGAAGAUGAUUGCAAUAGGUAUGCCGAUGGUGGUUGUGACGGUGGCUCAGUUUCUUCCUCAGGUUGUGUCGACCAUGAUGGCCGGGCACCUUGGUGAACUUUCACUCUCUGGUGCUGCCAUUGCCACCUCUUUCGCUGAUGUCACUGGCUUCUGUGUUCUUCUAGGAAUGGCGGGUGCUUUGGAAACUUUAUGUGGACAGACAUACGGAGCCGAAGAAUAUCACAAAUUGGGAGAAUACACUUGGUGUGCAAUAAUCUCACUCACCUUUAUUUGUCUCCCAAUAUCUCUACUAUGGAUAUACAUGGACAGAGUCCUCAUUUGGGUUGGCCAAGACCCUCUGAUUUCACAAGCUGCUGCCAAAUAUUCCACUUGCCUCAUCCCUGCUUUGUUUGGCUACGCAGUUCUCCAAUCCCUUGUUCGCUUCUUCCAAUCUCAAAGAUUGAUUCUUCCAAUGCUCAUAAGCUCAUGUUCUGUUCUAUGUUUGCACAUUCCUCUAUGUUGGAUUCUGGUGUUCAAACUCCAUCUUGGAAUUUCUGGUGCAGCAUUUUCCAUUGGAGGCUCUUACUGGCUCAAUGUAGUUUUCCUUGGACUUUACAUGAAGUACUCUUCUGCCUGUGAGAAAACCCGAAUUAAGUUCUCCAUGGAGGCUUUUAGACACAUAAGGGAGUUUAUGAGAUUGGCUAUUCCAUCUGCUUUAAUGCUUUGCCUUGAAUACGCCUCAUUUGAGCUUCUAGUAUUCCUCUCGGGUUUGUUUCCAAAUGCAAAGCUUGAGGCUUCAGUUCUCUCUAUAUGCAUUACUACCACUACAUCUAUUUUUUACAUUCCAUACGGGAUUGGUGCUGCUACAAGCACACAAGUGUCUAACAGAUUAGGAGCAGGGAAUGCCGAGGGAGCAAAACUUGCGAUCAAAUCGGCUUUGGUUCUUGGAGUUGCAGAAGCAUUUUUAGGGAGUACAAUUCUCUUUUGUUGUCGCAAUAUUUUAGGAUAUGCUUAUAGCAAUGAGAUAGAAGUGGUGAACUAUGUUAAAGAGAUGGUCCCAUUACUUUCUUUCUCAAUUGGUGUGGACAGUUUGGUAGCAGUUCUUUCUGGGGUCGCCAGAGGAAGUGGGUGGCAGGAUAUAGGAGCUUAUGUAAAUCUUGGGGCAUAUUAUGUUGUCGGCAUACCAUUAGCUGCUUUGCUGGGUUUUGUGUUCAAGCUAAGAGGGAAAGGCUUAUGGAUUGGAAUAAUGACAGGAACAACUCUACAAGCACUUUUCUUUUUGGUCAUAACUGUUUCCACAAAUUGGCAAAACCAGACCACUUGGGCAGGUUGAGAACUCAUGUCUUAACACCACCUCUCAAACGCAGGGGUGAUUGUGUCACUCUAAGUUUGGAAACAAGCUACUAGAAUCUUGAUGGUGAUAAGGAAUUUGUAGGACAACCCACAAUUUGAUCAAAGAACGGAAUGUACCUUACCUCAAGUUCCUUCUUUAAGAUUUUAUAACAACAAAUAUGGAUAUCUAUUUCAAUGUUUUUAGUGUGUACAUGAUAGAGGUGAUUUACGGCUAAAGCUCUGGCACUAACAUUAUCAAACAACAUGACAAACGUCGAUGGCAAUAGAAACUCUAGUUUUGUGAGAAGAAAUUCAACCCAAGUGAUUUUAGCAGCUAUAUGAGCAAGAGGCUAGUAUUCAGACACUAUAUUGGACCUAGAGAUUAUUGCCUAUUUCUUAGAGGACCAUGAACUUAAGGUGUCUCCAAGAUACACACAAUAACCACCAACACAUCUCCUAUCAUUAAUGCAACACCCCAAUAUGCAUGAGAGGUAACCUGCGAUGGUUAACUUGUUAUUGUAACAUAUGUGUAAUCCAUGGUUCAAUGUGCCUUUUAAAUAUCUCAAAAUUUGCUUAGUUGUUCCCUAGUUGACUGUUGUGGGAGCCUUUAAAAAUUGGCUAAGCUUAUUUAUAGUAAAGCUAAUAUCUUGUCUUGUGUGGCAUUGAUAUUAAAGUGCCCUAAUGAGACUCCUAUAGGAAGUGGGAUUGUGUAUAGCUUCUCCAUCUAUCAAGGAGAUAGAUUUACCUGUUACUAUAGGAGUUGGUUAGGGCUUUAGGUUUACUAUAGCCCUGUGUCAUCUCAGAUUACUUCAAUUCAUAGUAAGAAAUCCAGAGCUCCCAAGUCCUUGAGUGAAAACAACUUGUUGAGCUGAUUAAAUAAACUCGUUUAGCGUAGCUUCAUUGCUCCCAGUUACUAUAAUUCCAUCUACAUAGGAACUAAUAUGAUUAGUUUGUCAUUUUUGUAGAAGAACUAAUAUGAUUCCAUAUACAUAGGAACUAAUAUGAUUAGUUUGUCAUUUUUGUAGAAGAAAAGUGAGGUGUCAACUUUGGAAUUUUUUAAAUGCUAGCCAAGUAAAGUGCCCUUCAACCUAUCAAACUAGUCCUGUGCAUAUUGUGACUUGUGCAAUUUGCACACAUGAUUUGGUUUGGAAGGUCUUCAAGCACCUCUGGUGUAACCAUAUAGACAUCUUCCUCUAGGUGGCCAUUGAAGAAAGCAUUGUCUAUAUCUAGUUGUUGAAUGCUCCAACACUUACUCACAACAAUGGUUAGAACAAUUCUAACAGUUGAGGCCUUGAUAACAGGGCUAAAAGUUUCUCCAAAAUCAAAUCCAGCCCUUUAGUGAAAUCUCUUGGCAACAAGUCUUUCCUUAUAGCUCUGAAAUGAACCAUCAACAUUCAAUUUCUCUUUGAAAACCCACUUGCACCCCACAAGAUUAUACUCUUCUGAAUAAGGGACCAAGGUUCAACUCUUGUUGGCUUUAAGAGCUAGGAUUUCAUCAUCUGUGACUUUAUUCCACCCCUUAUUCUUGAGGGCUUCAGCAACAGGUACCGGUACUCUGAUGUGAAGGGUGUAUGAAGUAUGAUUCACAAAGGCUUUUAGCUUAAAAGUACUAGCCUUCGCCCGAGUUAUCAUUGGAAGAGAUACUAGUUGCUAUGCCUAGGACACAUCAUGAACUGAAGCUAUAGGAGAGCAAACAACUGCUAGAGAUGAUGAUGAGGUUGAAGCAUCUGAUGAUGUUGAUGUAGAGACAAUAUGAACAUGGUCAGUAGUAUUAUCACUAAGAUUGAGAGAAGGAGAAGAGUACCUGUCUUGGCAGCUGGUAUGUGGAGACAAGCUUGUUGUGGGAGGUACUGCUCUAAGAGAUGUUGGAGAGAAAGAUUGAGCAGGUGUGGUAGGACUAGGUUGAAAAUAUGUGAGGAGUCAAAUAAAGAUUGGGAAGCUGAGACCAAGUUUCAUGUUGGACAGUGAGAUACUCUUCAGGGGUAUAUGUGUUAAGAAAACAAGAUUUAAAGGGAAAUUCUUUUUCAUUAAAGACAAGAUGCCUAGAAAUAUAUACUCUGUCUGUGGUACUGAGGAAUUUGUAACCUUUUUAAGAUUCACUAUAUCCUAAGUUUACCCACUUCAUUGAGUGAAAUUGAAACUUAUGUGUUUGAUAUGGUCUUAAGCAAGGAAAACAGGCUACACCUAAAGUUCUCAAUAAGUGAUAAUCUUGUUUCUUAUGAUACACUUUAAAUGGUAAUUUAUCAUGCAAAAUGGGAGUUGCUAAUCUGUUUAUGAGGUAAAAAGAUAUUUAGAAAGAACUAACCCAAAAUUUUAAGAGCA